CCGUCGUGGUGAAUAACGUGAUUCCAAAUGGCUUCGUUGCGUGUGUCCAGGAGGAUGCUCUGCGCUGCGGCAGAGGCUGCAGCACCAGCUCCGGCUUCGGCUCCGGUCGCCACCAGCCGCUGGGAAAGACUGAAAAACAGUAAAGCGGCUGUGUGGUGUCGCAGCCUCGUCUCUGACUACAAAGAGGCGUGCAAGGAGAUUUUCGUCGGCGCCUGGGAGAAGCCGCUGAAAGCCUCGGCGUAUGCGACCCUGCUGGCCGGGGCCGGGGCCUGCUUCUACACCAAACCCGACCGCUCGUCCUUUGAGGCCGACCUGCUGGACCGCUCCAACCAGCUCUGCCUGCUGUCGCCGUGGAUCCGCAGCGGCACCUCCGACGGCCACGUUCAGACUCUAGUCAAGCUCCGCAACGAGGGCCGGCUCCACCACGCCAGCAUGGGCCUUCUCUCCGUGAUGUACCGCACCGACUACGACCCCGACGCCACGCUGUACGAAGCCCAGUGCUCCAAUCUGUCAGUGCCCUGGAGAGAGCUCCCUCAGAGGGUUUUAGAUGUAGGGUUCGCGGGCCGCUGGUGGGUCUUGGACUCAAAGAUGAAGAACUACGACGUGAACGAGGAGGAGUUCAAGCAUCUGCCUGCACACAUGCAAACGACGACGCCGCCCAGCGUUCAGGAGGUGGAAAGGAACGAGAGGUUGCACAAGGAGUCGUGGUUGGCGCUGAAGAUGGAGGACGAGGAGACGCAAACAAAUGUGGUGGACAGAAAACAAAGCGUCAGUGACCUGAGUCAAAUAAAACCUGUGGAGGAGCAACAGACUCAAGCUUAACAAGCUGAACUCAGUAGUAUAUAUUCUUAUAACCAGUUUCAGCUGGGAACUGUGUCCUGCUAAAACAAAAGAGGAUCCCUGAAUUUUCUUUGUAUUUACUUCAUGUUACUUCACAGAAAGUAUUGGAAAUCAUUCGUACCAUGAACCAUGUGUCAAUAAAUGUCAUUGUCUCUUCUUUUAACGUA